UAAUAUCCUUAAAAACUGAUCAUUUCACCGAUUAUUAGUCGCACAGUGAACACAAUCAUGGUUUAAGCACGGCGCUAUACGAACACGAAUCAGCGAAUCCGGUGCAAGCGAUUUGAAAACCGGUAAAACCGUUAUACCCGUCCAUAUAAGGUGCAAAUUGUAUAGUCGCAGUACCCGUAAGCUAAGAAUUUAGAAGAAAAAAAUUAUUAUAAUCACAACCGCAGAGCGACACUAACAGUCAAGCCUCAGCAGAGUAAAAAAUGGUUUCACGCAUCGUCUACGUUCAAACAAGACUUGGUGCGGUAGUCGAGGUAUUUGCAUUGGUGGCAGCCGUCGGGCUGAUCACGCAAUCGUUCGCAGACGACACGAAAGUCCACGAUAAGAGACAGUUGGAGAACGAAUGGGCAUCCACGUCGAAAAAAAACCACAAAGGACCAGACACGUACGAGUUUAGAUACGACGUGGAAAAUGCGCCGACAAACAACAUACAAUACCGUAUGGAAGAACGUCAUGCCAACGGGAGCGUUGUGGGAAGUUACGGGCAAGUCCAACCUGACGGUAAAAUUAGAGUGGUGUCCUACGUCGCCGAUAAAGACGGUGUCAAGACUUACGUCAAGGACAAUGGCGGUGCCGAUCAGUACGUGGCCGAAGGAUCUAGUCUGGACCCCGUACAGCGGGUCACUUCGCAGAUCAUACAAACGGCCGUGAAGUCGCAACAACACAAGUCGCCGUUACACGACAAGUAUCACCGGCCAACGCCUAGCACCGCCGCCGCGGCCGGCCAACGGGUGGACACGGCGCACGCGUAUCACCAGCAGAGGACCAACAUAGAUCCGGCCGUGUUCCGGCCGGAAGAAUCGCCGGGCUACCAGGAAACCAAUCAGCCGUUCGUCGGCGACCAGCUCAAGGACAAGCUACAAUCGUCCUACGCCGAGUACCGGGUCGCUCCUCCUGGCCAGCAGCAACAGCAGCAACCAGCGCCACAUCAACUGGUCCAGACCGCCGGGCCCUUACCGCCCGUGGUCCCGUAUAACCUGCAGCAGGGCACCGUGCCGGCCCAGCAGCCGUCGCACUACAUGCUAAACGUGCCGCCCCUGCCCGCUCUGGCCGAUAACUCCCCGCUGCCACUGUUGCCCGGUCAACAGCCCCUGCCCAUCACGCCCGACAGGGGGCCCAUCAUGAUACAACUCCAACAGCCGCAGCAACAGCAGCAGGUACCGCCGUCCAACUAUCCGCAACAACAGCACUACCUGCAGUAUCAACCCACGCAGGUGCACCAACAGCAGUUGAGGCUGCCACAGGGCCAACAGCAGUUGCUCAAUCCCAGUCAAGUGCAACAAUACCAACAGCAACCGGUAAGGGUACAGCCGCCGGCGCACCUACAGCAACAGUUGACGCCGCAGCAGGCCGUCCAAUAUCAGCCGCAACAGGCCAGAGUGGUGUCGCAGCAAACCCUGCCGCCUCAAUACCUUCAGCAGCAGCAGCAGCAGCAGCAACAGCAACAGCUACAGCUACAGCAACAGCAACAGCAGCAAAAAGUCCCGUAUCAGCAGUCCGUCAUGCAGCAGCAGUACCCGCAACAGGUCAACAUACCGGCGCACCCGUCGCAGCUACAGAUCAGAGGCAACGUACAGCAACACCACGCGACGGUACCGAUGCAGUUCUUCCACCAGCCGAAUCCGGCCACCACGGCGGAACAGUACCGGCAACAGUUGCAACUGCAGGCGGCCGAAUCGCAGAUAUUCCCGGUCUUCGUGUUGCCGCCAGCCGAUGGAGUUUUUCAUUUUGGAAAAAAGCGUUUACGAUUUUAAGGACGUUCUCGUUUAAUAUAUAUAUAUUACGUAUAAUAUCGUCAGCAACAAAAGCGUGUUUGGUUUAAGUUGGAUUUCUUUUACAUUGACCGUUCUGUUUUGAUUGGUAUGAAUAUCACCGUUGUAUGUGUACAAACGACUUGUUACAAAAUAUAUAAUAUAAGUGAAAACCUACAUGUAUUUGAUGAAUAUAAAUUAACAUUUUUUUUUAAUAA